AUGACAGCCUAUGAAGCAUUGCACUCGUUGAAGACCAGAUCCAAAGGGAAAUGGAAAAGUAUGGCACUGAAAAUGAAUAUCUCGAAAGCAUAUGACAGGGUUGAAUGGGCCCAUUUGAAAGCUGUCAUGCAGAGGAUGAGGUUUGGGGAGAGAUGGAUAGGGUUGAUUAUGGAUUGUAUAACAUCAGUCUCUUAUGCAGUGUUGGUGAAUGGGAGGCCAAGAGAUGUUAUAUAUCCCUCAAGAGGUAUUAGGCAGGGGGACCCAAUAUCCCCUUACUUGUGUUUGUUAUGUGUUGAAGGACUUAGCAAUCUUAUUAAUGCAGCUGAAAUUAAGGGUGAUAUAAAAGGGAUGGCUGUUGCAAGAGGAGAUAUAAGAGUCUCUCAUCUCUUAUUUGUUGAUGAUUGCAUUAUCUUUGCAAGAGCUAAGUGGCUAGAAUGA